AUGGCCGCGACCGCCAUGAUUAGGAUUACCACUUUACGUUGCCGCCACGACCCGCUCUCCUCCCUUCCCCGCACCACGUCGGUCGCCCGCUCCUGCACGCUUCCUCCUCGAUGCCGCCGAUGCAGACUGCUCACUCCCCAUUCUUCUUGCUGCUCCCCUUCCUCCUCCGUCACCGUCUCCCCGCGCCGGGUUCGGGUCCGCCCAACAGCAGCAUUGAAGUGCAUCCCUGGCAGCAACACCAGCUUCAUGGGUCCAGCCGACAAUGGCGCCACCACGCUUCAGCGAUCGUCAUCGUCCGACCUUCGUCGCAGUCUGAUCGUCCCCAACUCCACUGCUGGCACCGGAGACGCCAGUGCUGCUUCCUCAGGACUGCUGUCCGCCAUUCUUGGGGUGGCGCAUCUGCUUGUGUCACUGGGCAUUGUGUUCGCCACCGACAAAUUCCUCAAACAGGCAUUCGUCGCCGCGUCCAUCAAGUUCCCAAGCGCCCUCUUCGGCAUGUUCUCUGUCUUCUCCGUGCUAGUCGUCUUCGACACAUUCGUGCCUGCUCUCGCCAAGGCCUACUUUUAUACUGUUUUGAUUUUGCCCGCUUUUUCAGUUGGUGGCUGGUUUGCUACCCUCGCGGUUGCAGGAUAUACAGUGUUAGCUGUGAGAAAACUUGUGAAAACAGAGCUUAUUACAGACACAGAGCCCAUGAGCAAGCCGUCACCAUUUUCUACAUUGGAAAUCUGGGCAUGGUCUGCCAUAUUCAUUGCAUCAUUUGGUGUUGCGUAUUUCAAUCCCACGGCACUUGGUACCACAGCAAUAACAAGCCUUCGUUUCCUGCUUGCUGCUAAUGUGCUGGGAUACAUGGUUGGUUCUGGGUUACCAGCUGGUGUAAAGAAAGUGUUACAUCCAAUCAUCUCCAGCGCACUUUCUGCAGAUUUGGCGGCAGUAGCGUAUGGGUACCUCUCCGGGUCUGGACUUGAUGCUGUGCUUGGUGAUUACCUCACAAAGGCGCCCUCUAAUCCUGGAGCCGGUGACGUACUAAUGGGUUUCCUCGGGUCUGUGAUCAUAUCAUUUGCAUUCUCAAUGUUCAAACAGAGAAAGCUUGUAAAGAGGCACGCAGCAGAGAUUUUCACAUCAGUUGCCAUUGCAUCGACAUUCUCUCUGUACUCAACUGCUGUCAUAGGGCGCCUGAUUGGGCUAGAGCCAUCAUUAACCAUAUCCAUAUUGCCAAGGUGUAUAACUGUGGCGCUGGCUUUGAGCAUAGUAUCUUUCUUUGAAGGUGUAAACUCUACACUAACAGCUGCCGUGGUUGUCCUUACCGGGCUCAUUGGAGCGAAUUUUGUGCAAGCAGCUAUGGAUAAACUUGGUCUGAACGACCCCAUCGCCAGAGGAAUAGGGACAGCUUCCAGUGCUCAUGGACUGGGGACAGCAGCACUAUCAGCCAAGGAACCUGAAGCACUCCCGUUCUGCGCCAUUGCUUAUGGUCUCACGGGAAUUUUUGGCUCGCUGAUUUGCUCGGUUCCAGCAGUGAGGCAAAGCUUGGUAUUCAUAGCUGGAUAA